AUGGAUUACGAGAGUAUAUUGUUUGGUCUGCAACCGUUGCUGAAUGCUUCCAGAAUAGAGGAGCUGCCCGUACAAGAUCUGUACUUAGAGAGCUAUUUGACAGUAUUGGAUCAAUUGGCAGUAUCGCUGCGGUCCGAUGCAAACAGGACAAUUGUCGGCUCAAAUGGACUGCUGAAAGAGUUGGUCCGGGUGCUGAUCAAUGUACUUGACGUGUGGUUCCAUAAGCGCAGCGAUGACGCUGCUUGGCUCAAAUUGGCCUCGGAACUGAUUAGAUGUAUCGCCAAUAGUUUGAUUAAUGAUGAGAACAACCGGUUGAUAUUUUUGGGUGACGAAACCUUGAAGCACAGGAAUGAGCUCAUGGAUUAUUGGGUCGGCAGACUGCUCAAAAUGGACGACUGUGGCGAUGAUCAAUUGAUCUCGACUUUACAGACAAGAACUGUUGUUCUGACCAGAAAUCUGUGUCUUGAGAACGAUGCUUUCGCCAAGAGGUUUGCCCCGUAUAUCAGAGGGCCUUUGCUGAGUUUGCUGGCCAGGACCCAGCAUAGCUACCUGCAUGAUUCUGAUUUGGCGGUUUUGGGUUCAGAGCUGCUGAGUGACUUUAUUGAAAUAUACUCCAAUGGUCUCUCAGCUAGAGACUUGUUGGUUCUGGCACAAUUCAUCGAGAGAGUGUCAAAAACGAUAGAUAACCAGGGGAAGUGCAACGUGGAAAAUGCCGAUGACGAAGAAGACGAUCCUAGCUCAGAGAUUGCAUAUAAUCUAGCCCAAUGCGCUGAGGUGAUAACUAAGAAGUAUGACGAGAAGAAGGAUUUUUAUGCAGAGACACAACUCACUUCCGAGAUUCAGAACGAUUUACUGAACGCACUGGAUAAUUUUACGCCCAAAGAGUUUCCAAAUAAGCUUAUCGUCAUGAGGAGGAUAACCACUGCCAUCGGCUAUAUAUCUGCCAAUCCAUCAAACCCUAACAAGAAAGAGCGAGAUAUGUGCUAUUACAUUUUAUUGAACUCCACCAAUGGUUACACUUUGGCCGCAUCUUUGAUAAUUCUUUCCAACUCCAUCCAACGCAGGUCGGACGUCGAGGAAAUUACAGAGAGAAUCAAUCUUGAGCGAAUCAUCAAAGUGGGAGCUCAUCUGACGGAUCCGGUGCAGUUUCAAGGAUAUCUCGAUAUUCUAAAAAAACUGCUCACUCUGGACACCGCCAUGGUCCUGCCACAGCAAAGUUUGCAAAUGUUGAGCUCCUUCCUCAAGGUAUGCCACGACCAGUCCACCUACUUCACAGAUAUAUCCCCGCUUAUAGACAAUCUGCUGAAGAAACUGCUGACGGUGAUACCCGGUUCCUCCUUACAGAAACUAUUGGCACACAAUUCUUUGUUGAUCCAGGUGAUUUCAGAUCGUGACAGCGUUCUCUCGUGCCUCGCCUUGGAUAAGCUGCUCGUCGCAAGGAAUCCAACUCCGGACCACAUCACUGAGUCACUAUGGAAGGCCGCAUUCAAAUUCCAGGAUACUUCGGGAAGUAACAUGCAGGAUGGCAACUCAACUGUAUCAGUUUUCUACUUAUUCCAGCUAGCCAAGACAUGCGGAAUCUGCUUAAAAGGUGCGAGCGACAGCGAGCGCCACACUCUGCUCACCAAUCACACAGAUGACCUGUUAUCGUUACUCCAAGCUGCUGGUCCAUUGCAAGAAGCUACCGACAGAGCCAGUGAGAGUGUGACCAAUAAUGUAAAAUUUGCUGCUAUUAUGGUUUACAAGCUCUUGAACGAACAGGGGACUCUGACAGAGAAGCAAACCAGCCUAAAAGAACUGGCAGCAUCAUUCCUCAAGAGCAGUGAUUGA